UCUAACGCACGCUAUUUCAUUCGUUGCUUUAAAUACCAGAUUUUUAUUGCACAGUGCACAGUGUUGUUUAGUUAUUCAUUACCAAACAGUCGUAGUUUAAAGAGUGGACGAUGGAGGUUUCAAUGGUAGAACUGUUAUUGUUGUUUGCUUUGUCUAUUACUUCGUGGUCAUACGUCGAGGCGGGAAAAACAGUCACGUUCACAGAAUGCAGCACCAGCGUUACUGACGAUAACGUAAUUGGUUCCUGGACAUGCAGCAUUGAGGACAAUCGCCUUGUUUCAACUGUAUUCCUUGAAAAGGAUUGUACAAGUUCAGUAACGAUUGACAUAGAAGUAAAAAAAGACGGUAAUCCGAUGAACAAAUUGGCUCAUUCUGUAAAAAAAGUAGCGGCGGACAUAGAAGGGCAAAAUAUAUGUUCAAAUGUUCAAGCCCCAGAUCCUGAUGAUCCGUGUUCCGCAGCUAAGGGUGAACAUGUGUUCGAAGCGUGCGACAUAAGUUCAUGGUUCAGUGACAUGGAUCCCGGAAAUUACGAAUUUAAGGCUGUAUUUAAAGAAGACAAUAAUGACGUCGGUACUACUACGCUUGGCGUAAAAGUCGAGAAUGAAUAAAAGGACAAUCCUCGUUUGAAAGCAUUCAAAAAUAUAACUCAUUAUGUGUAGGUAGUGUAUAAGUAUUGUAAAGGUGUCUUGUUUCAUUUGUAGUAAAUAAACUUCCUGGUAUAUACACAAUUACUUUCUUCUUGAGAUUUGAACCAUAAUUACAUAA